UAGGGAGUGGCGUCGCGUGGUCAAAAGGUGGCGCGCGCGUCUCCUCGGGAGAACCUUUCAGUGUCCGUCGGUGCUGCUGCUGCGAGAGAGAGAGCGGGACCCUCAGGCGGGAAGCUGCAAUACAUCACUGCCAACAGUGGUUCAGCGCAACACAAGCACAAUCAGUGUCACAAAAGUAAUUGUGAAGACUACUGUAAAAAAAAAAAAAAAAAAAAACAUCCAAAAUGAGCUCAUCUUCUACAACCACUGAUACACUGACAGAACCUUGCCCAGGUGUUCAUCGAUGUUCAGCCAAGAAAUGUGACUGCUGUGACCACAUGCUCACGAAUAUCAGUGAGUUCCGGGCCACACGUACAAGUAAGUCUUACAGCAUCAACCAAGAUCUGAGCUGUACAACGUCCAAAGUGAUCUACAUCAUCCAGUGCAAAGUGUGCAGCAUGCAGUAUGUGGGGAAAACUGUGAGUGCCUUGAAAACAAGAUUCUCUUCGCACAAAAGCUCCAUCUCGAAAGAACAACAUCGUCCACUAGCUAAUCAUUUUAACAGCAAUGGACACCGUUUGGAAGAUCUUCUGAUAUUUCCAAUCGAGCAAGUCUGUGAUCGCGACAGUCUUAAAGAGAGAGAGGCUUACUGGGUGGAAGAGCUUCAAACACUGGACUAUGGAAUAAAUUUAGUGCCAAAUGAAUCUGGGGCGCCUAAAAGGAGGAAUGAGGAGGAAUGUGGACCAAGACCACCGAAGAAAGCGAGGAAGAAGAACAGAGUACCUGUUUUCUCAAGUGAGACAGAAGGUCUUCUGACUGUGUGUGAAGACGCCACAGAAGAGGCCAGAAAGAUUAUCUCACAAGUUCACCAGAAACUCAAAAAGACUUCCUGCUCAAGAGCAGAAAGCUCUGAGUUUCUGCAAGAUCUUAAGAAGAAGAUCUCAGAUUUAAAAGAGCAGAAACUAAAUGAGAAAAUUUACAUUGGUUUGCUUGGGAGGACAGGAGCUGGAAAGAGCUCCUUGAUCAACGCGAUUGUGGACGAAAGUCAGAUCCUACCAUCUGGAAGGCUGCAUGCUUGUACAUCAGUGCUUGUGUACGUACAGGCCAACGCUGAAUUAGACAAAGAUUACAGAGCAGACAUUGAAUUCAUCAGCAAAGAGGACUGGGAGGCAGAGCUACGCUUUCUGGUGGAAAUACUGUCUAAUGAGCAGGGUGAGAGGCCCAAUGCAGACAGUGAGGGUGACAAGGAGAUGCAAAAAAUGGCUGAAGAAAAAAUUAGGGCCAUUUAUGGAGAAGAAGGACUUCGGAAGAGUUACGACGAACUGGUGGGAAAUAGACAAUUUCCACAGAUUCCGGAAAAUUGCAGGAGAACUUUUACUUUCCAUACUGCUGCUGAACUAUCGCAAAACAUUGGCUGUUACAUUCGGAGUGACAAGAAAAUGAACCAGCAGUACUGGCCUCUGGUGAAGUGUGUGACCAUCUCCCUUCCUCGCUCCCCUGCUCUCCUGGACAGAAUUGUGCUGGUGGACCUUCCUGGGGCUGGAGACGCCAACAAACAGAGAGAUGAGAUGUGGAAGGAGUGCCUGAGCCGCUGCGCCUCCAUCUGGAUCGUCAAUGACAUCAACAGAGCUCUGUCUGACAAAGAGGCGCAUAAAAUCUUUCAGGAAAGUUUGAGGAGCAUCGCUGGAGGAGGGGAGUGUCACAACAUCACUUUCAUCUGCACCAAAACAGAUCUAGUCAACGUAGAGGAGAUCAGAAGUGAGGUCAGCAAUCAGGACCUUGACUUAACUGAACCCGAGGACUCUCCAGAUUAUGAGAGGAAAGAGAAACAGGCCUGCAUACUGUACCAAAAUACAGAAGCCAAAUGUGAGAUAGAAAAAAGUCACAAAGCCAAGGUUCAGAAACUGCUAUUUGGUGAGGGAGACGAGGAGAUUUCAGACAGUUUCUUUCACGUGUUCACUGUGAGCUCUUCAGAAUACAAGAAGAUCAAGCAGGGAAAGUCCUCAGUUCUCGACUGCAACGAGACUGAAUUGCCCCUGCUGAUAGAGCACAUCAAGAAACUGUAUGUGUCACAUUCAGAGAAGGAAGUAAAAGAUUAUGUAUCAGACAUUUCUGGGCUUGUUUCAUAUCUGCACCUCGCGAAGAACCCCUGCAAUGACAAGAUUAAGUCAUUCAAUGACAGCGAAUUUGAUCGGCUUAAAAAGGAUUUGUUCAAAACAUGUCAGACACUAGAAAAAUUUCUGAGUGAGGUCCACAGUGACCUCAAAGAAAACCUGGAGAGUGGAGCUAAAGCAGCUGAGAAAGAAUCCUGGGACAAUGCAAAAGCGAAAGUUAUAGACCCAACAAAGAGAGAUUUCAGGGGCUACCAUAAGACACUCAAGGCCUUGUGCAAAAACAAUGGGUUUUUCAGGUCUCGCAAUGGAGACAUUAUUGACCUGAACUAUACACUCUCAGAGUCCAUGUACAGACAAAUGAACAAAACCAAUUUAUUUCUAAAAACUUUCAGCUCUAGAGGAAGAAAAUCAAUAAAUGGGAAUUUUGAGAGUUUUCAAGUAAACUUCAUCUCAUCUGAUCAACUGAAAAAGUAUAGGAUGGAGCAAGAAAAAUACCUACGUCUGGUUUACAUUAAAAUAAAGCAAAGAAAAUUGCUAAGACACUUGGAGAAGGAAACUCUUCACAGAAAGAAGUGCAUCUACAAUUCCCUCAGUGAUUCUGUCCGGGAGACCAUGCAGCCAACUUAUUCAAAGUGUGCUGGAACUAUGAGAUACACUGUCACACAGAUUCAGAAUGAGCUCAAUGAUAAGAUUUCAUCUUCCAAAAAUACAAUGUUCCAAGAAGCAAUGAAUGAGAUGCUCAGACAAUUUGAUGAUCUGAAGAACUGGAUUCUGAGAGAACUGGAGGCAGACAUGUUGAUAGCAAUGAAACUGGCACUGACUCAGAUUCCGGAUGACUUUGUAGAUCUUCCUGAUGUUGAUGAAGAAUUGGAGAUACUGAAGACACACUGCGAAUCCUUGGAUCUUAAGCUUUUUGUUUGAGUGGUUCUUAACUCUGUUUGCAUUGAGAGGCCCUUGAUGAGAAUACCCAUAAAAUGUAACAAUAAUUUCUCCUAUUUGACAUUACACUGUUGAGGCAGGAACACAUGAGCUGUAAACACUGGAGAAGUGAGCUGACUUCACAAGGUGGGGCAGCUGAUCCCUGUAGAUCUAGAGGUGGCAAGUUUGAAUCCCAUCUCUAGCUGCAGUACCCUUGAGUGAGGUACUUCCCUUGAAUUGCUACAGU